UGCUUCCGUGUUUUUAUCAUCUUUUUCCUUUUCUAUAUUAGCGCGUAGUAUGCGUUGAUCCACGGGUUUGGCACCCGUUCCUUCCUUGCCCCCGGCGCAAUCUUUGCUUCCGCGACCUCGCCCCGGCGAUUUUCCUUUGCGGUUCUUUAUUGCAAAAUUUUGGGCGCAAGAUAGUUGCUGAUUCGUUCGGCUUUAAGCCGUCGAGGUGAUUGUUUGGAGUCUGGUUCUGGAACCUGGGCUGCUCUUCUUGUUCUUGGUGGCGUUGGUCGGUCACGGGUUCUUGAAUCUUUCAGCGGGCGGCCGGGGUGGAGCUGCCCCUGCCCGUGGUUGGUGAGGCGAUUCUCGGUCGGGAGCUUCCGUUUCUCUUCGGAUGUAGAUGGAGUGGAUCUGGCCUUCUACUCUAGGGGAAAGAGCAAAGCACAUUAUCUUGUAAAAAUUAGCAUUUUCCUACAUUUAUCUCAAAUCAAAUCAUCUCUGCUUCUGGGAACAGCAACCUGUAAUUUCCCAUGCAACCUCUUGGUUGAUGGAUGCUCUUCCUGUUGAAUCAGAAAGAGAAAGUCAAACAGAUAGUCACCCUUUACUCAUGGAGCAUGUGAUUGGCAUCCCAAGGGAUGAUGUUGCUUCUACAUCAACACCUCGUCGAGACAACAAUGAUGGCAUGGAUCACUUGCCUCGUGAUUCAGAAAGUUCUUCCGGAACAACUGCUGCAUAUAACUCUCCGAAUACUCCUAUAGCAAGAAGAGAUGAUAAUCGCCGUCGCCGUCAACAGAGUCUGAAUUCUGGCUUCUGGAUAUCAAUUGAACUAGCUGUAAAUCUUAGCCAGAUUAUAGCUGCUAUCUGCGUUCUGUCUGUGUCAAGGAAUGAACAUCCUCAUGCUCCAUUGUUUGAGUGGGUCAUUGGUUAUACAAUAGGUUGUAUUGCAACUCUUCCUCAUCUUUACUGGCGCUAUCUCCAGCGCAACCAGCUGCCCACUGUGCAAGGAUCAAAUCAGAACUACGUUCCAGACAACAGCUUUGAAAGUAAUUCUUUUACUGGGAUUUCGCCCCCUCAUGUGUCUGAAGCUGGUGUUGUAACUGUAACAAAUGGAGUCUCGAGAAACAAUACGGUUACCACAAAUCCAAGGGCUCAAGCUUUCGCUGAUCACUUCAAGAUGGCUCUGGACUGUUUCUUCGCUGUAUGGUUUGUUGUCGGAAACGUGUGGGUAUUUGGUGGACAUUCUUCUUCCCAUGAUGCACCCAACUUGUACAGGUUGUGUAUAGCCUUCCUCACCUUCAGCUGCAUUGGCUACGCUAUGCCCUUCAUUCUCUGUGCGCUGAUAUGCUGCUGCCUACCCUGCAUAAUCUCCUUAAUGGGUUUCCGGGAAGAUCUGAACGAAAACAGAGGUGCUACUUCAGAUGCAAUCAAUGCCCUGGGCACAUACAAGUUCAAAACGAAGAAGCCUCGUAACACAGAGGGAAAUGAAGGCGGCGGUGGAGUCUUUGCUCCUGGAACAGACAAGGAACGAGCUGUUUCUGCUGAAGAUGCUGUUUGCUGUAUCUGCUUGGCGAGGUAUGUAGAUAACGAUGAUCUCCGGUUGCUCCCCUGCGGGCACUUCUUCCAUAAGGACUGUGUCGACAAAUGGCUCAAGAUAAAUGCACUAUGCCCACUCUGCAAAGCUGAGAUCGACAUCGUCCCGACAACUGCUCCUCCAGCCAUCGGAUUUGGGCGCCGCCACAGUGACAACAGGGUAGGAAACGACAUUGAAUCACAACGGUAACUUUAUCACGGCUUCCAUGAUGUAUAGUGAGAGAGCAACUUGCCUCCGAUGUGUGGUUUCCAGAAGAGCAACAUGUAAAUUAUGCAGUGAUAGAGAUUAUGUGAUGAAUCAACGAGUCCUUACAUGAUCCAGCGAGUAAUCGCCUGACUGGAAAAUGUGUCUUUGUUGUCAAUAUGUGUCACUAUGGCUUUGUUCCUUCCGAAUUUACCUUCGUAUGUCGUCUCAGUGAAAUUCGUCGCAGAUUUGCAGCUGGAGCAUCAA